AUGCGUCCGGCUGUUUUACUCGCCGCGGUGCUCAUUGCUUGCAGCGCAGUCGGAUCGACAGACAAACCCAAGUUCAUACUGACAGAUCUGUCGCAGAAAAAUGAAAAUGUCACGUGGGACAGUCUAACCGGGAAUGUCACGGCAGCUUUAGGAAACGUCAUGAACUCCAUCUUGCCUCAAGUGGUGCGAGCCACCUCUGAAGUGGAACUCGACGCGGAUUGCACAGCUUCGAUGUUCCAGUUCUUCCUUGGAUUGCGGAAAUUGACUCCAUGGGCUGUGCGAAGUCUCGAGAUCGCCGAGUCUCGGGUGGAUUUUUCGGUCUAUAACCCAGCGCCUUUUGUGAACGCAUCGAGCCAGACUGAGUCACUCAAUUUAUCGCCCUCUCAAACCCAUUCAGUAUUCGGUCUAAAUUUUCACGCCGGAAUCCGCAGCGGAGUGGCCGACGCAUCGGCUAAACCGCCUGAAGGUCUGAUCGAAGGAACUCUCACUUUCCUGGGUGCAUACGACGAGUGUCUCUCGACCGUGGUUUGGAAGGACGUGGAAAGAGAGCACGACGAGGAGCCCGAAAAGCAAUUUGUGGGGUCGUACUGCAGCCUACAACUUGCCCCCAACUUCGACUUCCUCAAAAUUUUCCACAACCAAAGUCACGCGAUAGAGACGCUAGGUCCCUACCUGAACAGCGAAAAGAUCGCCAGGAAAACUUUCCGCAUCCCCGGGACUCACGUGGCUUAUCGUGCUGGGAUCUGUGUCCCAUCAGUCUGCUCCAGAGAAGAUAUCGACAAGAUUCUGCAGCAUUUGCUGAAAGACGUCGACUUCCAAGGCAGCGUGACUCGUUGCGAAGUUCAGGAGGAUGUUCCCUUCACGGAUUUGCAGACACUCAUCAUAGCAAUCAUCACAGUGCUGACCUUACUAGUAGUCCUGGGGACAAUUAUGGACGAAUGCUGUGCCAUCGACGUGUCCUCGGAAAACUUGAAACUCUCUUUAGAUGGCAAGAGCAAAGAUUCGGGCUUGGUACGUUUUGUGACAUGCUUCAGCCUUCAGGAGAAUAUGGCCGAUCUCUUGGGGAGCAAGAAGAUGAGCAGCUCGAAUUUAGCUGUCCUGGACGGCAUCAGAUCAAUUUCUAUGUUGUGGGUGAUGUUCGGGCAUACUUAUUUCUUCGUGGAGAACGUCCAACCUUUCCGAUCAAUUCUGAAUGGACAUGAGAUGCUAACGGGCAAUAUCCUGCUCGCCGGAAUUCUGAAUUUUACACUCAGCGUGGAUUCAUUCUUCCUCUUGAGCGGUUUACUCAUCAUGUAUUCUCAAUGGAAGGAGUUUGAAGAGACGGGCGGAAUGAGGAUUGUGCCCUUCGUGCUCAACAAGUAUUGGCGAAUGCUCCCGGGCCUAUUGGUCACAAUGAGUCUGCUAUUCCUUAUGCCGCACUUCGGAUCGGGCCCUUUCUGGACCGACAUCAUGUCGGUCGAAAUCACACUCUGCAAGGAGAAAUGGUGGAGCAAUCUGAUCUUUGUGAAUAAUGUCUUCAACAACCAGGAGAUGUGCCUGGUUGCUACGUGGUACCUCGCGUGUGCUUUCCAGCUAGUGCUUCUUUCACCCCUGCUCAUCAUACCGUUGUACCGAUCAUUCAGCAGUGGUCUCGGUGUGAAUCUAUUGUUCAUAUUGUCGGGGUCGCUGAUAACAGCAGGCUUGACUUUUCUGUAUAAUCUGCCUCCGGGAAUGAUAUUUUUCCCUGAUCUCAAUCUCCUGGUGGAAAUUUGCUCUAAAAUUUACCAAAAGCCCUUCAAUCAUGUCGGGCCCUUCAGCAUCGGUAUCCUGCUUGGCUACGCGAUCCGGAAGCACCGUAACAUUAGGAUAUCCAAGCUCUGGCAGCUCGUGCUAUGGUCUACAACGUUAGUCAGUUGUAGUGCAGUGCUCUUCGCUGCCUAUCCGUGGAACAACGAGCUCCCCUCCCUCCCUGUAGCGACAGUGUACGCGGCUUCUCAUCGAGUAGUGUGGAGCCUCGGAAUAGCAUGGCUCAUAUUUGCCUGCGUCAGCGGUCGCGGAGGUUUCGUGAAUUCCUUCCUCUCGUGGGGAGGUUUUGGCAUCUUGGGGAAACUGGCUUACCUCGUGUAUCUGAUUCAUCCUCUGCUCAUACUGUACCAAGUGGCUACAGCUAGGACCCUCAUCUAUUAUUCGCAUUACCAAAAGCUUUACUCCUUCUGUGGUCAUCUGUUGAUAACGCUUGCAAUCUCUACCGUGUUCUACAUCCUCGUCGAAGGGCCUUGUCUUCGGAUCGCGGGAGAGUUCUUCAAGCGGAAACAUCCGAAAUCGAUGUCCGACACUUCACCGAAUCACUUCGCGAUGCGAAAUUCGUGCAAGCUAUGA